AUGGUCGGAUCUGGAGGCGGAAGUACCGGUCUCAGUACGACAGCUGGACCGGCACCACACGGUCAUUCACCCGGUACAACCGGCCAAACAGAUUCGGCAGCUGCAUCGAAUACAAGGGCAUGGGCAAACAUGGACGGGGCAGAAGGUCUCAAAAAGCCACAAGAUCCAGGAUACUUGGAUCUAAUCGCCUCUGUUGCUCAAAAUAUAGGACGAACUACAUGUGCAACUUUGCUGUCGGACACGGCGGCAUUUCCAGACGAGCACUUGCUCACUGACUCCAAAGAGAAUGUAGAACUCUCUGAAGAAACAUCCAAAAACAUUGCUAGGGCGCUUGCUGCCCGUCCAUCAACACUCUUCCCGGCAGGACAAACAUUACAACGAUACGAGAAGAAACAAAUGGUUGAAAAGGGCAACGAACGAGUGGUCCUGAACAUAUCUGGAUUACGAUUUGAAACCCAACUGAGUACGCUGCGGAAGUUCCCAAAUACUCUUUUGGGAAAUCCCAUCAAACUGGAUCGAUAUUAUGAUGCACUACGCGAUGAAUAUUUUUUUGACCGAAACCGACCCAGCUUCGAUGCCAUUCUAUACUACUAUCAAAGCGGUGGGCGUCUACGUCGACCAGUGAACGUGCCAAUUGAUGUCUUCACAGAGGAAAUCCACUUCUAUGAAAUUGAUGAAGACGCGAUUGAGAAAUACCGAGACGACGAAGGCUUCAUCCGAGAAGAUGUCAAAGUUCUACCGGAGAAUAAGAUGCAACGUAAAAUUUGGUUACUUUUCGAGUACCCCGAAAGUUCCAUGGCUGCGCGUGCGAUAGCAAUCUUUUCCGUGGUAGUCAUAAUUCUUUCUAUUGUUAUCUUCUGUAUCGAAACCCUUCCGUAUUUCAAACACUAUCAACUAAUCACGGUGGAUGAAUCCCAGGAAAUCCCACUGGAAGAUCUUGUGCCCAAUUCGAAUCGAUCUUCCGCCGGUUACCGCAACGGUCACAGGGAGGUCAGUGACCAUGAAGCAUGCAACCCAGUCAAGGAUCCGCAACACUGUUUGGUUAUAAGGGAUCACGAUAUCCCGGCCAUUGAAGAACCAUUUUUUGUAGUUGAAACUGUGUGUAUCAUCUGGUUCACUUUCGACCUACUAGUACGAUUCGCAUCAUCCCCGGAGAAAAUCGCUUUCUUUCGAAACAUUAUGAACUUUAUCGAUAUUGUGGCCAUCAUACCCUAUUUUAUCACUCUCGGUACGAUGGUGCACGAGGAGAGCCGGAGUCAGAAUCAAGCUAUGUCGUUGGCGAUCCUUCGAGUAAUUCGACUGGUCAGGGUAUUUCGAAUAUUCAAGCUUUCAAGACAUUCCAAAGGGUUACAAAUCCUCGGUCAGACGUUGAAAGCCAGUACACGAGAACUAGGUCUAUUGGUGUUCUUUUUACUCAUUUGUGUAAUUUUGUUCUCUUCAGCAGUCUACUUCGCCGAAAUCGAUUCUGAACGAACUUAUUUCAAGAGUAUACCAGACGCAUUCUGGUGGGCUGUAGUCACUAUGACAACCGUUGGCUACGGAGACAUGCGACCUGUGACGGUGUGGGGUAAAUUGGUCGGCUCACUGUGCGCUAUCGCUGGAGUAUUGACAAUUGCUCUACCGGUACCUGUGAUUGUGUCCAAUUUCAACUAUUUCUAUCAUCGAGAAACUGAAACUGAGGACAAACAGACAUUCAUCCAUGUGCAAUCUUGUGCAAGUUACGCCAGCUCAAGCUCCAGUGAUUUCAAUUCGCCGGAUCUUCAACCAAACCCUAUGGAAGCCGACAAGAUAAACUUGAUUUCCACACGCUCUCAAAGCAACCGCCAACAGGAGUACAAUGAUAAUCCCAUAAGAACUACAACAGCCCUCGUAAAUGGAGAUGGAUCCAAAAAAAGUGGCUUCAAACAGACACAUGAGAUGGAGCCGAAUGAAAUGAAAGGUAGAAGUAUUCUGCUCACAAAAUCAGGUAGCGUUAAUGAGCAGAAAACACAUGAGAUGGAGCCGAAUGAAAUGAAAGGUAGAAGUAUUCUGCUCACAAAAUCAGGUAGCGUUAACGAGCAGAAAGUGAGUUUGAUUGAUCGGAAGAGCUCGAGGCGCAUAAAACAAAGUCACUCUACAGAUGACUACUUGAGUAGCUUAAAAAGAACGGCGGCGUUUGAGGAAACAAGUAAUGAGGGUGACAAACGACUCUCAAACGAACAGAAACUGGUCCAGGAUCCACUUAAAACCUGCCCUCCGGAACCCGAUGAACAAUCGCCACCAAUAUAUCCAGGCAUAGCACGCAGUCGAUCCGCCCAGUCCAAAGUCGGGUCACCCACCGAGUGCAUGCAAUGUGUUAAACGUCUAACAGAAAAACAACUGACAGAAUAUCUGCCAGACCACACAACCAAUGAGCAUAUGCAGAAAGCCGAUAGGCAAGUGCCGAUCGAUAACACAACCGUGAUACCCGACAUUCCAUUCACAACUUCCAGUGGAGAUGGGCGUUCUGUAGCGUGGAAAUCUACAACAACAGACCUACCACCCCCACCCUGCAUCGACACACGUCAGUCGAGGCCCAUCACAUUCCUUCAACGAUGCGACUGGCUAACCCCUUCAAAUAAGCACACAGGAAAAUAUGGUAAAUCGCGUUCCCUGGAAAAACCUAUUGAAACAGAUGUUUGA